GGUUUCCCUGUGCUGCACAGUUAACUGUUGGUGGGGAGUUGGUGUGAUGUGGGGAGGAGAGGGGAUGGGGAAUCCCAGGAGGUGGGUAAGGAUGAAGUACAUUAGAAAUCAUUUCAGCUACACUCACACUGGGCACAGCAGUUAGAACUCUCAUUAGUUCUCGUCAAAGCAGUUUCUUAUCAAGUCCUCGUCUAAGCUGAUUCCUUGUCUGCUCUGAAAGAUCUCUGCUCCCCGCUGAUUUUAUUGCUCCAGUUAAGACAAAGUAACGUCCUGGACAUGGCCUUGGAGAUCCUCAUGGCAGAACCCGUGUGCCUCAUUGAGAACACCAGUGAGCAGUUCAUGGUCAAUGAGGAGGCCGUGCAGAUCCUGUCGGCUGUUACGCAGCCCGUGGUGGUGGUAGCUAUCGUGGGCCUCUACCGCACGGGCAAGUCCUACCUCAUGAACAAGCUGGCUGGGAAGAAGACGGGCUUCUCAGUUGGGUCCACCGUGCAGUCUCACACCAAGGGCAUCUGGAUGUGGUGUGUGCCUCAUCCAGAGAAGCCUGACCACACCCUAGUUCUGCUUGACACAGAAGGUCUGGGUGACGUAGAGAAGGCUGAUGACAGCAAUGAUAUCAAGAUCUUUACACUGGCGAUCCUAUUGAGUAGUACCUUUGUGUACAAUACCAUGAGCAAAAUUGAUCAGGGAUCUAUGGACCUACUGAACAAUGUGACAGAACUGACAGAUCUGCUGAGGGUGAGAACCUCACCUGACCCAGAUGUGGGUGAAGACGCUGCUGGCCAUGUGAGCUUCUUUCCAGACCUGGUGUGGACUCUGAGAGAUUUCUUCCUAGACCUUCAAAUAGACGGGCAGCUCAUCACAGCAGAUGAAUACCUGGAGAACUCACUGAAGCUGAAAGAAGGUGAUGAUCAAAGAACUCAGUCCUACAAUUUGCCCCGUAAGUGUAUAAAGAAGUUCUUUCCAACAAGAAAAUGCUUUAUCUUUGACUCACCCACUGACUUGAAGAAGCUUUCCCAACUUGAGACACUGAGUGAUGAUGACCUGGAACCUCUAUUUGUGCAACAAGUGGCAGAAUUCUGUUCCUACAUCUUUAAUCAUUCUAUGACCAAGACUCUUCCGGGAGGCAUCAAGGUCAAUGGACCUCGUCUAGAGAGCCUGUUGCUGACCUACGUCAAUGCCAUUAGCUGUGGGGAUCUGCCUUGCAUGGAAAACGCAGUUCUGACCUUAACCCAGAAGGAGAACACGGCUGCUGUGCAAAAGGCCAUUGCCCACUAUGACCAGCAGAUGAGCCAGAAGGUGCAGCUGCCCACAGAAACCCUCCAGGAGCUGCUGGACCUGCACACUGCUUCUCGGAGAGAGGCCAUCGGAGUCUUCAUGAAGGACUCCUUCAAGGAUGUGGAUCAAAAGUUUCAGAAGGAAUUAGAGGCACUACUGGAUGCAAAGCGUGAUGACUUUUGUAAACGGAACUUGGAAGCCUCAUCGGAUCUUUGCUCAGCUCUGCUUCAGGAUAUUUUUGGUCCCCUAGAGAGCAGUGAGCAGGGGACUUAUUCGAAACCAGGAGGUCACAAUCUCUACCUUCAGAAGACAGAAGAGCUGAAGGCAGAGUACUAUCAGAAGCCCAGGAAAGGGAUACAGGCUGAGGAAGCUCUGCAGGAGUAUUUAAAGUCCAAGGAGUCUGUGAGUGCUACAAUUCUGCAGACAGACCAGGCUCUCAGAGCCAGAGAGGAGGAGAUGAAAGAGGCACGCAGGCAAGCGGAGGCUGCAAGGGCUGAAGCAGAAAGGUUGGAGGCCAUUCAACGGGAGAACCAGCGGCUGAUGGAGGAGCAGGAGAGGCGCCACCAGGAAGAGGUGCGACAAAUGGAGAUGAACAGAGCACGGAUGUUGCAAGAGCAGCAGAGGGCCAAGGAGCGCCGGCUCCAGGAAGAGGCUCAGAGGCUGAAUGCAAUACACCAAGCUGAACAAGCACGACUUCAGGAGGAGCUCCGUAGACUCCAGCAAGUUUCUCGACCUCCAAAUGAUGAUUGCAUCUUACUCUAACACGGUGAACACCAGACUUUCUUUUCCACCAAAGAGACAAAGGAACAAAAACACUGUAGACACUUAGAAAUCUACACUUAAACAAGCUAGUAAUUACUACACUGAUGUUUUCUAUCGAGUUAUAAUGUUGUGGUGCUGAUUAUACAACAAGGGUGAUUUUAUCACUGCCUUCAUUUACGGAUGAUACUAGGCUACAUGAGAGGCAGCUUUCUCCUGCAUCCCAGUGCCACCUGUCUAGUCUUCCCUAUUUCUCUCAAGGACAUUUUCAGUUAUGGAGAGGGUCAGUCAUGUAUAGUCAGGUCAGUCACAUAGAAGGUCAGUCACAUAGGCUCAGUCAAGUAGAGCUUAACCAAUCAAACCUGGGAUUAGCUGGACAUCACUCCUGUUGGUGGGCAUGUGUUGGAUACAUGUACAGUUCUCCUGGGUGGAGGCCUGUUCAAGGGGGCUGACGUGGCUCUUCAGCUGA